GCCUAUUCCUAUGCCACCUGUGGGAACCUGCGACAAGGGACUGCCGAGUUUUUCCAAAAGUCGCUGGCCGUAUUUCUGGAGGGUGAUUCUCUCCGGGUCUUCCACGCAGAGAGCACUUUGGAAGGGGGCUACUUGGGAAAUACCGGUUGCAGCAAAGUCUAUAAAUACUCGCAAAACCGGCAUUGCGGAGGUCGCGUAGCAAAGUUUUGGGAAGGGUCACUGGAUGAGCUCAACCAGUCCAAAGUUCAAAUUGACCAUAGAGUCAUCAAAAGGGUUGAGGAGGGCAUCGAGAAUGGCAUCGACCAGUAUUUCAUUGACUACAACCUCAGCAAAGCUUUUGAAGAGUACAAGGCAAGAUUUCGAGAGCAAGCAAUGACCUAUGUCAUCGAGUUGUACACCGCUCCACUCUUCAUGGUAUCCAAAAGCAAGUGUGAUUUCUUUGCGUCAGAUUCAGGAAAGAAGUACUGGGGGUGGUGGAUCUCUAUCUUCAGUCCUGAAGCUUGGGGUUUCUUCGUGGGAGUGGUAUUCUUCUUCAUUGUCGCCAUGAAAGGACUUGACCAUUGGCUUGACUGGCUUGACACACCAUCCAGACCAGCACGUGCAGGGGCAGCUGCUCCUGCUUCGGUAGCAGCCGCAGCGGAGGCAGGAGCAGCGCAUGCUAGUGCAGGUCAUCCGGAAGGAUGCCUUGACAAACUACCCGGGCCACCUCCAAAGAAAGAUGAGGAAGCGCGAUGCAUGCAGAAGUUCCGCGAGUGCUUUUGCUGUUUCACACACGGACUUGGUGAUGCCCUUCUUGGUGUGUGUGAGGCCUUUGUCAACAAGUCGAAAACCAGCCACAGGAGGGACUCGAACAAACCAAGCCGCGCUCGUCCAUCCCACAUGCUACGUUUGGGCCUGGGCUUCUUCAUUUUGCUGAGCACGGCAGUGUAUGGUGGCGGCGUCACUGCUGAGAUGGUCUCAGCAAAAGAGAUAAAAGGAGAGGUUCCAAGCCUGGAAGAGGCAUCACAACGGAAAAUUCCUCUAUGCACCCACGUAGUUUAUGAAGAACCUCUGCGGCCCUUCCAAGUUGCCAACUUGACAACAUUCUCAAAAAGGUGGGAAGAUGUUUUGAAGAACUUGAAUGGUAAAAAAUGUUCUGCUGCACUUUUGGAUGAUGAGGCUUGGAACACAUUUCGAAGCCGCAAACAGCUUUGUGGCUAUCACAAAGAACCAACAGCAGAGCUUUAUGUGCCUACAGGAGCCGUCGUAUCCAAGCGAGCUUAUCGGACUCUCGAAACCUUCCGAUUUGCUGCCUCUAAAACUGCAUUCUUCUUUGACAAGUCACCGGUGCUCCCAAAUGCUUGCCCUUCAAACUCACCAGAUACUGUUUGCGCCAAAAUCAAGGACGAGGGCGUGCCAUGGUAUACGCUUUUCAGCCUUUUCGUGGUGGCAGCCGGAUGCGGGGUGUGUAGCUUGAUUGGCGUUGCUCACCAUCACUUUGUAAGGCAAGAUGAGGAGAACAAGCAGACUGAAGAGGAGAAGGAGAAGAAGACGAAAGAUGAGGAAAUGAACAAGGCAAACAUGACAAAGAUUCAGAGUCUUUUAGACGGAUUCGGCAAAAUGUCCAAAGUCCUUGAAGAGGAUAGGAAGAAGAACAUGAAGGAUGAGGAAAUGAACAAGGCAAACAUGGCCAAGAUUGAGAGCCUUUUAGUAGACCUUGAAUUCGGCCAAUCUUCCCAAGUCCUCAAGCAAUCCAACCUUCGACCCCAAUCAGAUGCAGCAGGCUCCAAUGCUGUACAAGAUGACGUGGAAUCAUCUGCGAGGUCGACCGGCAGUGGAAGCUCCAGCACCACACCUCCCAACAAACCCACGAACAUUUGCCCGGAGGCAUCGAUGCCCACCAAACAACCGAUUCCAAGGAAGUUCAUGUUCUUGAGCAUUCACAGGGCCUUUGCCGUUGAUUGGCAGAAUGGCCGAUCCGCGCUCUUUGUUCUGGCCGCCGCCGUCCUAGACUCAGACCCAUUGUACGACACCGUUUCGGAGUCGUGUGCACUGGACGGACCAGUGAAAGCUGCUGCAGGCGAUGUGGACGUGACGGAGAUGAUUUUGGUGGUGCAGAGGGUUAAUUUCGAUUUGAUCCUUGUGGUAACAUCCCCUGCAGCACUCCUUGUAAUGCUUGUGUUCGUGAUGUGGGUCCUUGGCGUUGCCACCACGUUGUGCCGCGUAGUCUUGAUGCUUCGUCGAACCUUGCAGAUGGCUCGAAAAGAAGAGAAUUCCACUGCUGUGCAGCGCCUUAUUGCUUGUAGGAGACGGAGCUUUUGGCAAGGAAUUGGCUUCCUUGCCAGUUUGGCAACAUCCUUUAUUCUGUUUCAAGUUGCAAUUAGUGAGGUUUUGGAGACUCUUCUUGAUGAUCCUGGAUAUCUUGUGGGCUUGUACAUCCCCAGGAUCUCUUUUGCUGUCGCUCAGUGUAUCAACAGCGUGGUGAACGUGGCCGGGGUUAUCCUCUUAUCGAAAGCAUACAGACUUUUUCGACUGCCUGGAUCUGCAAGGCCCCCCGCCCUCUCAUGGACUCCAUCCAGAUUUGGCUGCCAAGUGUGUCCCCGCUCUCACUUACGCCAUGACAGUGACACUGACACUGGCAUGAUAAAGGGGUCAGAUUGGGAAGCAAAGACUGAAGAACUGGCCAGCCGUGAGAUCUCUUUGUCAGACCUAUUGGAAUUUUACAGCAAUUUGGGCGUUUGCAUUAUGCCAUCCUUCCAGCCAGAUGUUCACACCACCAACGAUGUGGUUAGACUUGGAAUCAUUCCACGAACUUCUUCCGCUGGUAGCUCCUAUGCUGAGUUUGUGAACAAUGGCAAGAAGGUGAUCCCUAAGAAAAUGGUCACGCACAACUGGCAAAAUCUCUUCCGUGACCUGCUAGCUAGCGUCAUUGCUGAUGCUCUGGGAGAACACAACUUCGAGCUGAUUGCGAAGUUGUUAUCCGACAAGGAAGGGGUUGAGGUUGUGGAGCAAAUUCUCCAGGUUCAAGGACGUCUUCAGGAAACCUAUUGGAUCUGUGCCUUUUCAGUCAAUCAGCACGCUUCAAUUUGUGGAGGAAACCCCAACGGAGACGUCGAUCCAGUCACAAAAAUCCCACAUCCCAUAUGCACUUGCAAUGCUCCAAAGUUCUUCAAUAAGGACCCACCAUUGAAUGAGCAUGGUGAGAGCAUCAAGUGUGAGAUGAACAAAUUUGAUGACAUGAUGGCAUUUCUGGCACGAAAAGAUCCAAAUUUUACAGAGGUCAUUGCUGUGGAUGCCAACCUGGACCUAUUUGGGCGUGCCUGGUGUGUGGCGGAAUUGUUUGAAGCUCAUCGCAUGGGCAUGGCGCAGAACCCGAUGCUCAGGAACACUGCUACCUUGAUGACGAGGCAAAGCACCUUGCAAGACAUCAGGGUGGAAGAUAUGAAAGCCAGUCGUCCUGAAGAUGUGCAACAAAUUCUAGAAAAGAUCCCAGACAAGAAGGCAUUCAAUGAGAAGCUGCAAGAAUUGAUUUUCGAUGGGCAAGUAGGGCUAUUGGCUGCUCGCAAGAAGGCAGACGUGCUGGAACAAAUGGAAGACCUCUCUUAUGUGUUGAAAUGGGCAAGGCUUUCGGAGAGCACAGACGGCGGAGCACUCAUUUGGCGCAGAUGGAUCUGUGCCACGUCCCAUCGGAAUGAUGCUGGGACACGUCGAUUGCUACCUGGAAUCCUUGUCUCAGCUGAUGCAAAGCUGGACGGUGAAGUGAAGAAAGCCGGGACUGCCGUGUUUUUCCAAAAGUCGCUGGCCGCAUUUCUGCAGAAUGAUUCCCUCCGGGUCUUGCACCCGGAGAGCGGUUUGGUACGAGGCUACUUGGGAAACACCGAAUGCCGCAGAUACGAUAAAUACUCGCAAAACCGGAACUGCCAAGGUCGCGUAGCAGAGUUUUGGGAAAGGGCGCUAGAUGAGCUCAACCAGUCCCAAGUUAGAAUUGACCAUACAGUCAUCAGAAGGGGUGAGGAGGGCAUCGACCAAUACUUUAUUGACUACAACCUCACGAAGGCUUUUGAAGAGUACAAGGGAAGAUUUCCGAAGGAAUGGUCUGAAAGGCAAGCAAUGACCUUCAUGAUCGAGUUGUACACCUCUCCAGUCUUCAUGGUAUCCAAAAGCAAGUGUAAUUUCUUUGCGUCAGAAGACUGGGGAUCUUGGAAGUUCUGGUUCUGGUGGGUUGAUGUCUUCAGUCUCGGAGCUUGGGGUUUCUUCGUGGGAGUGGUAUUCUUCUUCAUUGUCGCCAUGAAAGGCCUUGACAAAUGCCUUGACUGCCUUGACAAUCUUGACAGACAAUCCGGAGAAGAGCCUGAAGAGCAGGGAGAGCCCGAAGAGCCACCCGAGGAGCCCGAAAAGCCCCAAGACAAAUGGCAACGACGCGUGGAGAAGUUCUGCAAGUGCUUUUGCUGUUUUACACACGGACUCGCUGAUGCCCUUCUUGGUGUGUUUGAGGCCUUUGUCAACAAGUCGAACACCAGCCACAGGAGGGACCCGAAAAAACCAAGCCGCUCUCGUCCAUCCCACAUGCUACGUUUGGGUUUGGGCUUCUUCGUUUUGCUGAGCACGGCAGUGUAUGGUGCCGGCAUCACCGCAAACAUGAUCCAAGCAAAAGAGGUGGAAGGAGAGGUUCCAAACUUGGAGGAGGCAAAAAGCCGACCAAAUCGUGUCAGUGUGUGCACUCAUUCAGUUUUUGAAGAAUCUUUGGAGUCCCACUGGAAUGACAAAAUCUUGGCAGUAUAUCUGGAUACCUGGGAAUGCGAAGACCGCGUUGCUGAGACUCAUUCCGAUGUUCGGAAGUUUGAAGUUCUCAUGCCUUACAAGGUCCAAGGUCGCAGCAGCAAAGGCCUGGGAACGGGGUGUGCACUGGACGGACCAGUGAAAGCUGCUGCAGGCGAUGUGGACGUGACGGACGUUACUUUUAGUGAGGCUUUCGAGUUCGAGACUCCUGAUGAUGAUCCUGGACAUUAUUGGGGCUUGCACAUCCCCAGCUUCUCUUUUGCUGUAGCUCAGUGUAUCAACAGCGUGGUGAACGUGGCCGGGGUUAUCCUCUUAUCGAAAGCAUACAGACUUUUUCGACUGCCUGGAUCUGCAAGGCCCCCCGCCCUCUCAUGGACUCCAUCCAGAUUUGGCUGCCAAGUGUGUCCCCGCUCUCACUUACGCCAUGACAGUGACACUGACACUGGCAUGAUAAAGGGGUCAGAUUGGGAAGCAAAGACUGAAGAACUGGCCAGCCGUGGGAUCUCUUUGUCAGACAUAUUGGAAUUUUACAGCAAUUUGGGCUUCGGCAUUAUGCCGUCCUUCCAGCCAGAUGUUCACACCACCAACGAUGUGGUUAGACUUGGAAUCAUUCCACGAACUUCUUCCGCUGGUAGCUCCUAUGCUGAGUUUGUGAACAAUGGCAAGAAGGUGAUUCCUAAGAAAAUGGUCACGCACAACUGGCAAAAUCUCUUCCGUGACCUGCUAGCUAGCGUCAUUGCUGAUGCUCUGGGAGAACACAACUUCGAGCUGAUUGCGAAGUUGUUAUCCGACAAGGAAGGGGUUGAGGUUGUGGAGCAAAUUCUCCAGGUUCAAGAGCGUCUUCAGGAAACCUACUGGAUCUGUGCGUUUUCAGUCAAUCAGCACGCUUCAAUUUGUGGAGGAAACCCCAACGGAGACGUCGAUCCAGUCACAAAAAUCCCACAUCCCAUAUGCACUUGCAACGCUCCAAAGUUCUUCAAUAAGGACCCACCAUUGAAUGAGCAUGGUGAGAGCAUCAAGUGUGAGAUGAACAAAUUUGAUGACAUGAUGGCAUUUCUGGCACGAAAAGAUCCAAAUUUUACAGAGGUCAUUGCUGUGGAUGCCAACCUGGACCUAUUUGGGCGUGCCUGGUGUGUGGCGGAAUUGUUUGAAGCUCAUCGCAUGGGCAUGGCGCAGAACCUGAUGCUCAGGAACACUGCUACCUUGAUGACGAGGCAAAGCACCUUGCAAGACAUCAGGGUGGAAGAUAUGAAAGCCAGUCGUCCUGAAGAUGUGCAACAAAUUCUAGAAAAGAUCCCAGACAAGAAGGCAUUCAAUGAGAAGCUGCAAGAAUUGAUUUUCGAUGGGCAAGUAGGGCUAUUGGCUGCUCGCAAGAAGGCAGACGUGCUGGAACAAAUGGAAGACCUCUCUUAUGUGUUGAAAUGGGCAAGGCUUUCGGAGAGCACAGACGGCGGAGCACUCAUUUGGCGCAGAUGGAUCUGCAGCUCAAGCUGA